AAGAUGCUAAUUUGCUUACAAACCAGACAGAUAAGUUCAAUGCUUUGCUUAAUUAGCUUCAAGAGUUAACGUGUUAAAUUAAACUUGAAUGAUUUAAUUAGUUAUUAAAAGUCUAAAAGCCAUCAUGUAGAGCAUGUUAAUUAUUCAGUGGCAUACAAAUAUACUUGUAAACUAAAUUUCGAAGCAUGCAUUAUUAUGAAUUAUGAUGGAUGAGGAAUAGCCGGUGUACGUCUAGCUGUUUAAUUUGAUUAUGAUGAAAUGGAUGUGGAAACCGCGAAAUACAAGUUCAGCUCUGUGAGAAACAAAAAAUGUUUCUCACAGGGGUAAAAAUGUCAUCAAAAAUAAAGUGCAGGGCUGAACUUGUAAUUACAUAAGUUAAACGAAGAACGUCUUCUAAAGUUUGACUAACGGUGAAGAACUUCUGGUAAACGAAGUUAACCGCAUCAAGCCCUAGGAGAGAGCCUCUGAGUAUGAAGGGGGGAAUAUCGACAAUUGGAGCUGGAUAUGAGUUCAUAGGAGUUGGGUUUGUGUUCAUUGGAGGUGUUGUGGGGCGAAUUUCGACAAUUGGAGUUCAAAGGAGCUGUUUGGGGAGAAAUAGCAAGAAUUUGAGUUCAAAGGACCUAGUUUGUGGCAAUUUGCGAUAUUUUGAGAUCGGUUUGGGGCGAGUUGCAACAAUUUGAGUUCAAAGGAGCUGUUUUUUUGGCGAAUUGCGACAAUUUGAGUUCUAAGGAGCUGUUUUUUUGGCGAAUUUCGAUAAUUUGAGUUCAAAGGAGCUGUUUUUUGGCGAAUUGCGACAAUUUGCGUUCUAAGGAGCUGUUUUUUGGCGAAUUUCGACAAUUUGAGUUCAAAGGAGCUGAUAAUGAGCUCUGUCAAACAUGAAAGAGGGAUGUCAUCAAUGAAAUGGAUUAGCAGAUCCGUGGGGGAAAGUACUACCAACUGAACUUUUUGUGGAUGAUCUUAUUAGCGUAGGCGGUCAAGUUAAGAGAAAGGGUGAGGUAAUCAAGAAGCAAGGGGAAUUGUUUGGGAGGCCUCCAAAUAUGAACUGCCGUAUUGAGACCUUUUCUAGAAUAUGCCACACAUUCGAUGAGAGAAGAACUCAUUGGGUUAAUGAAAUGGGGUUAGGUGGGUUAUUGAGUAUUCCAAGCAACAUACACUUACCUCGACAGUUAGGGUAUUGGAUAAUGACUCGUAUUGAUCCUGUGAAUAAGGUGCUUAUUGCUCCGGAUGGCAAAUAAUUUAGGCUAGCUGCUAAUCAAGUGCAUUGGGUAUUGGGCAUUCCUAAUUAGGGCCUUACUGUCCCCACUAGUAAAUCGAUGUCACCUAUGUUGCAUGAUAAGGUUAUUAGCAUCCAGGAAAAAUACGGUCAACCAUCUAAGACUAGGUCAAAGAAGUUUGCCGGAAGGGUUUACACAUCUAUAGGCAUACCUGUGAAUUCCAAAAUUAUGGAACGGGUUGAGGGAAAAUGGGAGGCGCAUGAGGAGGAGGAAUUUAAGACAUUAUUCUUGUUGUUGUCACUUGAAAUGGUGUUAUGUCCAACACAGUCUCCAAGGUUGGCCUGUGAUUUGUUUCCUGCUCUUACCUGUGCAAUGAAUGCUUCUUGUUACAAUUGGUGUGAGUUGGUGUUGAAUAAGUUGAUGGAGAGUGUUGCCAGUUUUGCAAGGCGUUUUUACUCCACUGGUGUAGCCGGUGGAUGUGGUGGUUGUACAAUAUUUGUUGUGGUAUUUUAUCUUGACAAGUUAAACCAGUUUCCUGUGCAAUGGGGUGAAUUUCCUAGAGUUAAGGUGUGGAACAUGAAUAAGAUUGGUGUUGCUGUUAAGCGGGAUCGGUUUGCAAGCGGAGGUGAUUAUGGGAAGUUAGGGAGUUUAGAUGUAGCAUAUGGAGAGAAUCAUCCCAAGGAUGCUAGGGAUAGCAAUGGCCCUGCGUCUAUGACUGAGGGUGUUAUUCAUGAGUUUGUUCAACCUCCCGGCUAUGAUAACACGAGGCGGAGGCGUGGUGCUCCAAAGAAUUCAAUUUCAAAUCAAGUAAAACGGACUAAACGUCGACGUCGAUCGACUUCUGAAGCAGGCUCUGUGUCUCCAAAUCCAACCAAUUCCAGUACUCAACCGCCAUGUGAUGAAGAACCUAACCGUUGUCAUGCUAUUUCUGUUGUUGGUGCCGGUUCAAUGAAUUGGACCAUUUCUUCAGAUUUGGAGUGGCUAUUAACUCGACUCCUUAUAUGGUUUCAUAAUGUGUGUAGGAUGGGAUUAUGCGACGGUCGUAAUCUUGUGAGAAUGGCUGCUAGUACGCAGACUGAGGUGUUGUUCUGUGGUGCUGCAAAUGGAUUGCAACUGCUGCGGAUUAUAAAUACCUUUAUCCAAUCUCCAUGUAGUCAGUAUCUGGCACUCGUUGCACAGACGCAGGACCGCGAUGUUAGACGUAGUUGUACUUGGCUUGUUGCAAAAUCAGGAGCGCUAUCACUAAAUGGAGAGCCUACUCAGUUAUGUGUCUUGAGAGCUGACUAUCCAUCAACAUCCUAUCAUGUUGUAAAGAGCCGUAGAGGCUCUGCAAAAGAAUUUUAUGCUGCUAUUUAUGAUGAAUGGUCCAAACAUAUUCCAUGUGACGUUAUUGUUCUAGCUAAAUAAGGUCUUCCCUAUAUUCAUUAAUCUGAUGGGUUUUUUUAUACUAUUUAUUUUAUAAAGUACAAUGUGUUACUGUUUUUUUUUUAUAAAAGUACAAUGUGAUGUAAUGUACCCAUAAAAUUUCAUUCUUC